UCGUAACACAGUACAGUAGAAUUAAACCGUAUAUUAUAACAGUUAAUAUGAUAAAUAUUAAAUGUAUUCUUUUGCUCAGUGUGGCAGCAUUCGUGGCGUGUGAUGCCGGUGAAGUACCUAAAGAAGAAGGAGAUCAUAAUUUAAAUGCAGACUCCAGUGAAGGUGGACUCAUUAAGGUCGGCAAAAAAACAUAUUUAAGAACGCCAGACGUAAUUGUAGGCAUCACUACAUAUAAUGGCAGUGAAUAUUCAAGACAUUGGGCUUAUACCCAAGGGAGUGUAACCCUAGAGUUUAUUGGCGAUGCGUUAUGUAUCAACGGCAAAGAAGUCGCAGGAGUUAAAGCUAACGAAGUAAUAAGAGUAGAUUGGGGUCCCUGUAUAGUCAGCAUCAGGAGGCCAAGAAAUGAUAGAUUACAAGAAAAGGAAACCAAUACAAGCCAAAGCAAACCAGGUAAAGCUGCCAAAAAUUGCGAACUGCAUGAUUUAGUUUUGGAUUCAAUAUUACAAGUGUCGCCUAAAGGCACUACUAUGCAUGGUGUUGUGAAAAAUUGAGUACGUUAUGCUCGCGAUUGGUUAAAAAUAAAAAAACGGAAUGCCGACAAAGCAGCACGCUAUUUACUUGAAGAGGAGGAAGACUAUAGAUCAUAAUUAUAUAUUAGAAUAAAAUCUUAGUAGAGCAUGUAGGUAUAUUAUAGUAGUUAUAUUAUUAUAACCGUUUCAACUUAAUUAAUUGACUUGCGAAUGAGUAAUAAGAA